GAAUACUCUAACCACUCAUUACCUAGCGGUUGCACUGUGGUUUUCUAUAUUUUCCAUCAAUCGUUGCGUCUCGAAUCUAUUUGAUGAGAGUUUUUCGCCUGAAAAAUUCGUUGGCUUAAGUAUGGUUGGACCUCUUUCUUCUUACUUCAAACGGAAGAACAAGAAACGUGAUGGAACGAAGAGCUUCUGGGGCGCGGUGUCCGAUGCUGAGGCUUCACCAGCCACAAGCUCAGUCUCAUUAAGAAUUCCACCUACAACUUCUCGAAAAACGGAGGCAACAGUAAACGACAAGUCUGCGGAGUCUCAACCCGCUGCAAUGGUAGAGGGUGUCAAAUUUCGGAAUGAAACAAAAGACAGCUCUGACUUAUGGUCUCGAGCUUACCAAAAACUAGACGAUAAGGCUAAAAAAUGGAUCGGUGAUGUCUCCAACAGUAUUAGUGGUGAGGAGAGGACCCAAGACCUCAUCACACUUGUUCGAAAUAGAGAAGAGGAGUACAAGCAUGGAACUCUGAAGAUUAGAAUUGGUGAUUCCGAGAUAAUGUGGAGAGAUUACGCCAACAGUGUGGUGUCGUGGAUAACAGCAAUUGGGGACAUCUCCAUCAACUUUGCCCCUGCAGGUUCCUCAGUCGCAUGGUCAGCCCUCAGAGUACUCUUAAAGGCAAAUGUGUCCCAAUGCGAGGACCUUGCGGUGAUUUUCGGAUGUGCUGAAAAAGUCCUAAGGCUUAUGCGACAUGGUAGGGUAUAUGAAGAUGUAUACCUUAGUGGCGGCUCUUGUAACGGGGCAACAGAAAAUCUAAAAGAUGCGCUCGUUGAGUUAUACAAGGGAUUGAUGGAGCUCCUCGCCCACGCCUUUGUCCGCCUAAAUGAAGGUCAAGGGAAGCAAUUUCUGCGUGCCCUCGUCUCUGGUGGAGAAGGCCUAAAGUUAGUAUCGGCACUGACAGAACAAGAACGCAAAGUGUCAAUGCCUGCUCAAGGUUGUGGUGCAGUUGCAUCGCAAGAGCAUCAAACGCUCCUCAAAAAUCUCGAUGAACCAAUAAGGAACAAUGAAGAUACCGUAAAGAAGCUACUACAGAAGGUUGAAGAGGGUAUAUUGGAACAGGCGCUAGAAUAUAUCAGCACUAUACCGAUCGGCGAACAUCAACAGGAAAAGCACGAAGCAAGGACCCUUGGGACAUGCGAAUGGUUAUUAAAUCAUUCCGGGUUUAUUGAAUGGGACAGAUCAAGUUACUCUUCGACGUUAUGGCUUCAAGGAAACGUCGGUGCGGGAAAGUCAUUCCUUACAUCCAAAGUAAUCGACCACCUUCCUGUCAGCCGUCAGCAGAAAGCCGAAUAUGAUGAAGGCUUUGCCUACUUCUAUUGCAGUCGUUCAGAUCCAGUACGUCGACAAACAAAGUAUAUCCUAAGGAGCUAUGUAUCUCAGCUUGCCAGGGUACCGAACCGUCCAGCCAUGAUUGAGAAGAACAUCUAUGCCUUAUACCUCAAGGCAAAAGAGGAGAAAAGAGGCUUAAGCACCAUCGAAUGUGAGACGGCCUUAAUUGAACUCAUUAACUUCUAUUCGCGGACUACUUUGGUUUUAGACGCUCUGGAUGAAUGUUAUAUGGAUACUAGAGAGGCACUUACUCGUAUUUUGCACAAUCUAGUCGAUAAGGGUAAAGGUACCGUCAAGAUUUUCAUUGCCAGUCGUAAAGAGGCCGACAUUGAGGAACAUCUUGGUUUGAAGAACUUGGUUGAGAUAAGUACCGCCGACAACAAGGAAGACAUUGAGAAAUAUAUCGAAGAAGAGAUAGCAAAGGUUAGCGGUAUAUGGAGGUCUGUUUCGGAGGAAGUGAAGGAGCAGGUCAAAAAGACGAUCGGAGAGAACAGUGAUGGAAUGUUCCGGUGGGCGUAUCUUCAAUGGGAAGAGCUCAAAAAGAUGAGAACCAAUCAACGCAUCCGUGAGCGGCUUGGAAAGCUUCCUACAAGCCUUACAGAAGCAUACGAAGAGAUCUAUUCAAGGAAUGAAGAAAAGGCCAUCUUAGAACGGGCAGUAAAAUGGGUUUUAUGUGCUAGAAGGCCAUUGACAAGCGACGAGCUUCUAAUGGCCAUCCGUUUGGAGAGCAACCUUGAGUCUCUUACUGUAUCAGAUCCCAUCGACGAGUCUACGUUGGAGAGUAUAUGCUCACAUUUGGUUGUCUUAGACUCUCAAUUAGCGGUGUGGAAAUUUCCGCAUGCAUCAGUUGCAGAGUAUUUUGAGAAUCAACAUAAGAGCUGGAUAGAUACAGCUCCUGAAGAUGUGGCGAUUCUGCUGGUUUCGUGUCUAAUAAAUUGCUACUCGGACUGGACACUGCCUGAAUCGUCCGAUGAGAUCGCACACUUCCUGAAAACGGCAGCGGAUUUGGGAAAUUAUCUGGAUCCACGACAUCCUCUUCAAAAGUAUACGAGAAAAUAUUGGUUACAGCAUGUGAAAAACACUCCAGAACAGUGCCAGGAGGUCACAGGUCUAUCAGAGAUUCUUAAACGCUUUUUGGGAGCUGAAGGUCCUCAACAAUCCUCCAGUCAACAAUAUCAAGUAUGGUGCAGACACAUGGAAAUUCGGAAUGAGCUUGAUGGCAUUCGGUAUUUCUACAACGAUAUAAUGCCGUCGGAGAAGUCUAUUUUUGGUAUUUGUGUUCUUGGUCUUGACAAGUUGCUUAAGGGCUGGUGGGAUAAAUACAUUGACGUCUCACAAGUCAAUAGUCGGGGACUGGAUUUACUCGCCAUUGCUGCGAAGUACGACCAUGAUGAGCUUUGUUCCGAGCUUAUUAGCCGGGGGGGCGAUAUACACAAAGAGCUGGAUAGUUACCAUGGAAGCGCAUUCAUGGAAGCAAUUGCUGCGUCAAAAGUUAAAGCGGCAAUGCUGCUCUUGGGAAAGGGCGUCAAUCCAAAUCAAGUCGGCAGGUAUACAAGUCCGCUCUGCUUGGCUAUUUCGACCGCUGUGGAUUUGGUUGAACUUCUUCUUAAGACAGGAACAGACCCCAACAUCACUUGCCCAAACUGUCCGUUUCUUUGCGGCUUAGAUACCGUUGCCUAUCGGAAUAAAACCAGUUUAGCAGAGCUCCUAAUAAAAUACGGGGCAAAUGUGAACUUGGUGGAUGAAGACAAUAUAUUCGGCAGCCCUCUAGGAACAGCCGCAUACGGAGGUUCGCUGAGGUGUGCAAAGCUCUUCGUGGAGAAUGGAGCCAACGUGAAUGCGCAUCUCGGCGGCGAUUAUGGCAGUGUUUUGGCUGCCGCGAUAUUCGGGUGUGGGGAAAAUGCUAAGAUGGCCAAAUACUUGAUCGAGGAGGCCGGAGCAGACCCAACCAUCUUAUCCUUAAGUCCGCCACCAGGAUCGCCUUGGAUUAGCGACUCUCGGCAUACUGAGAGGCAGGAAGUAGCAAAGUAUCUCAUAGAGGGGGCCAUGUUCAAGAGAUCGUCCUGCUUAACAUUGGCUUCCCCAAGGAAGAUCUCCCGAGAAUGUCAAAGUAACAGAGGCGUGGGGGGUUUGGGAAAUAUUAUCUUAUCAGAUAGGGUACACUUAUAAACAUGAAUGGUUACAGCAUCUGAGCAUCCAAUACACUCCUUUCUUGUCUUCCUUUUGCUCAAUAUUGUCAAUAAAUCA